UUCGAUUCGCUGUAGUGAUUAGAAAACGCUUCAAUUAUCAUAAAACGAAAUGAGUUCGUUGGUACGACUUUUGCUAAUUCUAUCACUGCUGGCAGAGACGAGGUGCUUGUUUUCCGGCGGUGUUUUCGACCUGAACUUCUUCAAAUGCAUGUGGAAGAAAGAUUAUGACUGUCCACACGAGGAUAUUCGAUUUUUCCUCUACACACCCACCGUGAAGCGAGGCCGGGUUGUGGACAUGAACCGACCAAAGACGUUUUUCAAAGCCGGAUUCAGACCACACCGAGAGACGGUCAUAAUCAUUCACGGUUUCAACGGAACGCAAACCAGCCGGCAUAUCAUGUUUCUGAAGGACGCUUACCUCUCUCGCAAGUACAACGUGUUCGCCGUGGAUUGGGAGCGGAUCUCGCAGUACCCGUGCUACCUGUCGUCACUCUCCAACACGAAGCUAGUCUCGCAAUGUACGGCCCAGCUGUAUUCUUUUAUUACCUUCACUGGGAGCCUCAGCAAGCAGAUCACGUGCGUGGGUCAUUCACUCGGUGCCCACAUCUGCGGCAUGAUGUCCCAUCAUUUAACCAAACGCCAGUACAAAAUAAUAGGUUUAGAUCCAGCACGGCCGCUGAUAGAGAAGCACGCAUCGAAUCGGUUCCGCCUGACCAAAGACGAUGCCAAGGUGGUGCAGAUUAUUCACACCAAUGCGGGCUUCCUCGGGCAGAGCUCGUUUACCGGAACGAUAGAUUUUUGCAUCAACGGUGGCCAGACCCAGCCGUACUGUACGGGCAAUUCCAUUAAGCGUGCCCGAUGCAGCCACUUCCUAAGUGUAUGCUACCUAGCCAAUGCAGUAUUUUCCGGUUCACGAACGAUGGCUUUCGAUUGCCCGACGGCUUGUGUGCGCAACAAUCGGAUACCGUUUGCACCUUUACGAUACUCCAGUCGAAUACGGGGUAGGAUGAAAUAUUACCACAUAGGACAGGACACGCCAGACGAGGCCACUGGAGGAUUCUGUGUUCACAUGGAGCAAGCGAUGAAUUGUCCUUUCAACUGA